AUGGCAAAUGCGAUGUCUCCAACAAAAUCACACUUCUUCCAGCCUCUUAUUCCCGGUAUCCAGAACCACCUGAACAUUCCUAUCAAGUUCUUCUCCGAGCAUACCGUCGGGAAACACGAGGGAAGAAGUGUAAAUUUGGUAUCAGAUGCGUCAGAGAAAACAUGGAAAGUGAAGAUGGAAGGCCAUAGACUCACCAAAGGUUGGAAAGAGUUCGUCGAGGCGCAUGACCUUCGAGUUGGUGACUUCGUCGUAUUUAGACACGAAGGAGACAUGAUGUUCCAUGUCACUGCUUUAGGAUCUAGUUGCUGUGAGAUUCAAUACGCACAAGAGAGUAACGAGACUGGUAUGGUUCAAAUAUCUGAGAAGCAAGUUAAGGAGAAUGUGAAAACAGAUUCUGAUCUCAAUUGUUUUAGCCUAUCUGUGACAGAAUCAAACCUAUCAAGAGAUACAGUGUGUGUCCCCAUAAAUUUCGCAAAGCGAAACGGUUUAGGCAAAGAAAGGCAAGAGAUAGUUUUGAUGAACGAAGAAGGGAAGUCAUGGGAAUCAGUAGUAAAGAGCUGGGGUGGUUGUAGGCUUUCCAUUGUUCGAGGUUGGACAAGUUUUUGCAAUGCAAAUAAACUAGAAGUUGGAGAUUUUUGCACAUUUAGACUGCUCCCAAACACAGCGGAAACGCCUGUGUUUAAGCUCUGCAGCCGUACAAUGUCAGAGAGGACAGUCCAGUCCGCGGAAGGUUGCAUCGAUGGCGAAACUGUAGGAAAGCGGUUUGUGAAGUUAACUCUUACACGAAACAGCCUUCACAUUGGUAAACAGCAUCUACCGGUACGUUUCACGAGAGAGAACGGACACAUCAAUCCGGGGAAGAUAAUUCUGGUGGACAAAAACAGAUCUGAAUGGCCAAUGAACCUUAAGGUUGACAAAAGUACUGGUUUGAUGUAUAUUAUUAGUGGCAAUAAUGGUUGGAAAAGUUUCUGUGCCGCCAAUGAAAUAGGUGCAGGGGAGUCUCUAACUUUGGAGUUGAUCCGAGGAGGUGUAACUCCUUUGCUUAAGUUCAGCUCCAAGAUGGAACAACCACCAUUUGAAGCCGAGGCUCGGGAACACAAGAGAGCUAGAGUCCAAAGAUGGAGCCAGGAGACUGAACCGAAAGUUGAGAUGAGAGAGAAGACAGCUGAGGAAUUAGGAGAACCCUCUCGAGCAUCUCACAAAUCCUGUGGUAAUCAAGAAAACUUGCAGCAUACGCAAGCUUGCUCUGUCUCAAAUCAGGUGGCUAAGGUGAAACAGAGCGUUGUUGAUGCUUUAACUAGUGUAAAAAGAUUUAUGGCAGAACUCGAGACAACGGAACAGAAGCUAGAAAUCUCAUUGCAGGAAAUCAACAACCUAGAGAAAGGAGAAGAUAAUGGGAAUAAAACAUUGUUAAAGGUCCGCCAACAUCUGAGAAGCAAAAAUCUUUCCAACAACAUAUUUAUAGCCUUGAGGAAGCUUCGUUCAGAUCUUGUCAAAGAAGCCCCUGAUGGUGUCAUGGCAUAUCAUAUAUUUAUGAAUUCAACGCUUCUGCAGAUAAGCAGACAAAUUCCGAGAACCAAAGAGGAACUCCUAGGAAUCAGUGGCCUUGGGGAGGCCAAAGUAAAAGAGUACGGUGAUCGGUUGUUGGAAACAAUAGAAUCAACGGUUAAGGAGUACUAUGUGGAACUAAUAAGAAAGAUUCCAUCAUCAGCAACGAGAGUCCCGGUUCAAGGAAGAGGAUGA